AUGGCAAAGCACCACCCAGAUCUGGUCAUGUGCCGCAAGCAGCCGGGCGUGGCUAUUGGUCGUCUAUGCGAGAAGGACGACGGCAAAUGUGUAAUCUGUGACUCGUACGUACGUCCGUGCACGUUGGUGCGGAUCUGCGACGAGUGCAACUACGGUUCGUACCAGGGUCGAUGCGUCAUCUGCGGCGGUCCCGGCAUCUCGGACGCCUACUACUGUCGGGAGUGCACGCAACUGGAGAAGGACCGUGACGGGUGUCCCAAGAUCGUGAAUCUUGGCAGUUCCAAGACCGACCUCUUUUAUGAGCGCAAGAACAACUACGACAAGAUCAUCCUCGCUUUCUCCACCUCUGCGUCGUUCAUGAGCUGUGACACGCUCGCGUCAAAAACGAAACAGAUCUUGGUCGAAUGUAGUUGA